AUGGAGGCAAGGCGGAGACAGGCUUCUGCCUCGACAUCCACCUCGUACUCGCACGACGACGCCAAAACGCCAGGCAAAGGGUCUGGAGGCGUGACACCCAGUCUCGAAGGCGACGACGACGCUGCUCGGCGCCGCACGCGCGGCCGAAACCCGCUCCCGCCGCAGAUCGGCCCGCUGUUCCCUCCUCUCCCACCGCGUCCGACAAAAAACUCGCCAAAGAACUCGCCCAAGACCGCCAGUCGAUCGCCAUCCGCAAAGGUACAGCGACUCGCGUCCGGGAGCGCACUGUCAAGCGUGAUGGGAGAUGACUCGCCGGAGGACCUGCCGCCCGACGACUUCGAGGCAGCGCGCGACACACGCGCCGCCUCCGCAUCAAGCCUCAGCCCGCCGCCGCCUGCCGACGACGACAUGGAUAUCGACCCGCCUGCUGAGCCCAAGAACGCGAGUAACGGUGAUGACUGGGACGCGUACCACCGCCGUCGGGGGGUGCGGAGCUUCAGCGGCGCGAAGGCUGGCGGCGUGAAGAUAGAACCCGUUGAAGCCGAACUGGUGUCCGAGGAGCCGGAGGUUGAGCCUGAGGCUGCUGCCGAGGGUGAAGCCGAGGCUGAGGUUGAGCCUGUGGAGAAUGGUCCUGAGGCUGAAGCCGACGCCGACGCCGGCGACGGUGGUGGCGAGGCCCCGGACGCCGAGGUGUCGAACGGUGCGGCCGACGCCGACGAACGGUCCCUAAAAGAGACGUCGGCCGCAAGCGGCGAACCCUCAUACCGUAAUCCCCGUAAGCGCCGAGGCGAGGAACAACUGCUUCUCGACGACCACCUCCUACCAAAGGAGAUGCGCCAGCAUGCUCCGAUCCCACCCCGAAGAGAUAAGUCGGUCAAGCGCUCGGAGCCGGGCGAUCCGCCUCCCAAAGAAGAGCCCGCUGAGCCAGAGGAGCCAGAAGAGCCAGAGGAGCCAGAGGCUGAGGAGGUUGAGGCGGAGGAAGGCGGCGAUGACGUUGAGGAGGGCGAUGACAGCGGCGAGAUCACCCGCUGUGUGUGCAAACGCGAAGAGGACAUCGAUGUCAUGAUGAUUCAGUGCGACAAAUGCAACGUCUGGCAGCACGGCGCGUGUGUGGGCAUCUGGGGUGACGACGAAGCCCCGGACGAGUACUUCUGCGAGGAGUGCAAGCCGGAGCUGCACGGCCCGUUAAAGAAGUGGAUGAGGCAAUGCGGCCGCAACCCGGCCAACUUUGUUGCACCCGAACCAGAAGACCUGCUCAAGCUCUACCACUCGACAGACAAGUACCCGCCAUCGCAGUCGAAGCGCUGGGCCACCGAGCUCCCUCCUCCGUCCAAACCGUCUUCACGGCCUCACCGCAAGAAGGAGGAAGACGAUGACCGACGCUCCUCCCGCAAAGCCACAGCGGGAACUGGAGAGAAGGUGGCACGGCCGCCCUCGUCUAAGGAUGCUGCGCGUGACCGAAGGCGGGCCAGACGGCAGUCGACCGACCUGUCGCUCUCCGGCUCACCUCCCCGCCAUGAACCCAAGAAGCGGAGCACCAUGAACUCGCGCGACGCUGCGUACGAGGAAGCCGUCAAGGCUGCCCUCGAGGCUAGCCGACGAGAGGCGUCCGGAGAGAAGGAGGAGCCGCCAUUGACUGAGGAGCGCAAGCGGCGGCGCGCGGAAAACGACGAGGGCGAGCAACAGGAGCCUAAGAAGGGCAAGAGGAGGGAGAAGAAGGACGACGAUGACUCGGAGGCUACACCUGUCCCGCUGCCCAAGCCAAAGCACCCGAAUCAGUACACAUACCGGCCAAAAGGAGACCGGUCUGUCGUGGCGGCAUCACCGAUGCGAGCACGCGGCACGCCACAGCCGAGUGCGCCGCCGCCGGCACACGAUCACGGAACCCGGCGCGCCGGCGCGAUCGCAAGCAACCUCGCUUCACAGCCCUACACUGCCAUGACAGUGCACAACCUGAACUGGUACCUUCCCGAACACCUACAACCCUGUGCGGACAUCCUCGUGACUCCUGCGCCCGUACCGCUCGAAGUCCCGUCACCUAGGACAUUGCAAUAUCUCCCAAGAACCCACUUCACCAACCAGCGAUACGGACCGUUCACGGACGACCGCGACGCGGAGGGCAAGCUCAUCCUGCCCGACGACAUGCCGCUACGCGAGGUCGAGGGCGACGCUGUCAACCAUCGGGAGCCGCCCACGCGCGUGCGCUACCCCGUUAAGCGCAUCACGACUGCGGAGAUGCGCAAGCGGGUGCGAAACCUGCUCGAGUACGUCGGGCGCGUGCAGGACGAGGAGGCACGUCGUGCCGAACGCGCAGCGAGGAUAGGCAUCCCGGACACGUCCACACCGCGGCGGAGACUACGGUCAUUCGGCUCCGACGACGGGCGAGAGGAAUUCCACGCGAACGGGGAUGCAGACGACAGGGCGCGUUCCGUUUCUCCGCCGGGACCACCUCCGCCCACCGCCUCGCAACUGCUGGACGAGUUCACGCGCGACCUUAUCGCGUUCCAGGAGGCGUUCAAUACGGGCGACUUUGAGAAUCUACCAUUCGCCCAGCCGCAACCGAAAGCACCAACACCGGAGCUCGAGCCCACGCCCGAGCCUGGCGUUGUUGACCAGCCGGCAACCGAGCCCGAGGCGAACCCCGAGAUCACACAGGAGCCAGAGGCGGCAGAGAUGAUUGUCGAGGAGACGGCUGUGGCGGAGGAUGCGGCGAUGGAGGAGGCUGUAACGGCUGUCGAGGAUAUCAAGGUCGAGCCGCCACCCGAGGCCACGGUCGAAGAGGCGGUGGAGGUGGAGGUUGCAGUGGAGGUGGAACCAACAACUGAACUAGCUGCCGCCGACCCAGAAGAGCCGACGGUAAAUGGGGCAUCCGAUGCUGCCAAGCCGCCAACGCCUCCAGCGGCAGUGGUGGAAGCUACAGUCGAGGAGGUGCCAGAACCGAAGGUCAAGGCGAUGGACGUCGACAAGGUCCCAACCCCGCCCACUGAACCUGCUCCCGAGCUUGCGGUUGCACCAGCUAAGGCUGCAGAGGCUCUGGUGGCCGCGGUCGAGGAUGAGGCGAUGGAGGUCGACAUGGACAUUGACUCGUCAGCCAGCUCCGCUCCACCACUUUCAGAGCCAGUCGCAGAGCCAGCAGCCACGGAGGCUUUCGUUGAACCAGCAGUUACGGGGCUUCCAACAGAACCAGCAGCCACGGAGUCACCAGCAAAGCCACCAGCACAGCCAACAGCUCCAUUGUCGGCACCUUCAGACCACGUACCUACAAUCGAGGCUGCCGCCGACUCUGUACCUUCCGGCGCGCUCAUUCAAACUGAGCCGGCUCCGACUGGCGACACCACCACUAGCGAGGCGUCGGCAGCCAUACCCGUAACCGAGGUGCAUGAGGCGCUGAGCGCCGACCUCAAGAUCCCAUUAGUGGUGGCCGAUCCCGAGGUCAAGGACGAGAGGCAAGAGAGGGAGAGGGAGAGCAUCGUGACCGAGGUGGUCGCGUCGUAG